GGAAUUAUUUAAGGCAUGAACAAAAUGGCCAGUUAACUCUGAAAAUGUCAAUAAAUAUAAAUAAAACUGAAUUUCUGUUUAAACUCACCAAACUUCCUUAAAUUUCUGUCUAAAAGUCACGAGUCAUCAGUUCGAGCGUCAGUAACGUCUUUUAUGAAAAACACCUGGGACUGAGUCAGAAGGCGUCCGUACACCGAACCCCGCCUCGGUUUGACUUUUUUUUGUCAGGAAUGAAAAGGCUCGGGUGGGUGGAUCGCGCGUGCGCAGUGCGCCCCAUCCUCUGAUCGGUGCGGCAGGAAAAGCGCAGAGGCAGAAAAAAGGAGGGGAAAACAGUUAGGAAAGAAAAGGGAGAAGAACAUGGACUCAAGCAGCUUGUGUAUUCUGUCUCCGGGACGGGGACUGUCCUCUGGACCUGGAUUGUAGCUGUCCUUCUUCUGCUGCUCCGUUAUGUUGGACAACCUGAGGAUAAUAAUAGAGGAAAUCUAGAAAUCCUGCCUCCGAACUGCGCCCUGCUGUCACGGUGUGCGGCUGAAACAGACGGACAUAAAACUAAAGAUGGGGAUAAUUUAAACCUUCAGCUGUCAGGAUCCCCAACACCAGCCAAAGAUUUUUAUUCCAGCAGAAAAAAAAAUUCACUGCAUCGAAUUCCUCUGGACGCGAUGUCAUCCGAAUUCAGGAGGAGCUUCUCCGGCUGACCGAGCCUGACGCACACACACACGCACAGCAGGACGAUGGGAGAUGCUGCAGACGACAGAGGGAUGAGGAGGACUUUCAUCGUCCCUGCCAUCAAAAGCUUUGACCACUACGACUUCACCAGGGCCAAGAUCUCCUGCAGCCUGACGUGGCUGGUGGCCAAGGCGUUCGGCUCGGAUGCUGUACCAGAGGAACUGGCUGAGCCCUUCUACAGGGACCAGUACAAGCAGGAACACCUGAAGCCUCCAGUGGCCUGCCUCCUUCAGUCUGCAGAGCUGUACUGCCGCGCGGGAAGCUUGAUCCUCCGCAGUGAUGCUGUCAAACCUUUACUGGGACACAACGCUGUCAUUCAGGCAUUGGCUCAGAAAGGCCUCUACGUCACUGACCAAGACAGGCUGGUGACAGAGAGAGAUCUGACCAGUACACCCAUACACAUGAGUUCCCAUCUGGCACUCAUCGAUACCCUGAUGAUGGCGUACACGGUGGAGAUGGUGAGUGUAGAGAGGGUGAUGUCAUGCAUCAACCGGUACACGUCUGCUGAAUCACAGCACAACGACGCACUCGUCCAGGGGCUGCCGUAUGACACCGAGGACGCAAUCACAACCUGGAGCAACAAGGUGAGCGAGCACCUGAGAGACAUCCUCAUCGAAGAGCAAAAAUUAAGAGACGCGUCCCUUCAAGAGCCAAACGCCACAACACAAAAAUCUUCUAGCAAAUGGUACUGGAGAUUAGUACCAGCCCGGUACAGAAGAGAGCACGCUCAGAGGAGUGUCCCGUCGCUCCCCAUGGUGGAGAGCCUGCUGAAGGAUAACACAGACGGCUGUGCUCUCACUGCCCUGCUGCACUUCUACUGCCCACAGGCCGUCAGACUGGAAGACAUUUGCCUCAAGGAGACCAUGUCUCUGGCUGACAGUCUGUAUAACCUCCAGCUGGUGCAGGAGUUUUGCAGAAGCAACUUGAACCACUGCUGCCACUUCAGUCUAGAGGACAUGCUCUACGCACAUGCUUCUAUAAAGAGUAACUACCUGGUGUUUAUGGCAGAGCUCUUCUGGUGGUUUGAAGUAGUCAAGCCCUCAUUCGUUCAACCCAGAGUCUUCAACCCAAAUGCCUGUGAGUCUGUAUCAUCCUGCACAGAUAUGGCUCCUGUGUCCAGUCCCGUCAAACACAACUAUGCAGAUAGACCCUCCAGCCCUGAAAACUUCACUGCUGGAGGAGUAAUGCAGAGAUCUACCUCCAUGUCCUUUGUUGAUGGCUGUGUGGGGACGUGGCCCAAAGAAAAAAGCUCUUCUUCUCGGGGAAUUUCCUUUGAGAUCCCUCUAGAAGGGGACCUGGCGCUGCCUCUUUUUGAGGCUCCUUCUCUGCGUGGUAUGACCCGCUCAGCCAGUAGUGACGGUCUGGGGUUCAAAGUUCAUUAUGCAUCCCGAGGAGGGAUGAGACGCCACAACUCACUAACGCCUGUCAGCGUGAACGGCCAGAGCAGACAGAUACAGGAGGAGGAGGACUUCAACUCCCACAAACCUUUGGGUCGGAAAAACACGUUCUCAAUUAAAAACCAAAGCAGGUAUUCCAAUGGCGUUCUACCAGACAGCUGCAGCCCAGGUAAAUACAGAGACAUCAGUCCAUCAACUCCUCCAAGCAUUGAGGAGGCCCUUAAGAUUAUCCACAACACUGAAAGGCCCCACGCCAGUCUGGGUGUUGGAGAGGGAGACGGUGGCUUUUUUCUGCAUGGAGCAGAACCUUCAGACCCUCCUGGGGCCCAAGCUGAAGGAGAUGACCCAGGUUCAGCUAAGGCACGGCUGAAUGAGCGUGACCCAAAUUCUGCAUCCACCGAUGAAGUUGACACAGGUAUCCACGUUCGAACCGAGGACAUCCAAAGUUUAGACGAUGACUCCUCGUCUCUGAGAGACUACUCCGAUAUAGACCCAGACUGUGACACCACGACCCGGUCCUGUCCGCUUCCCGGCAGGCCGGAGAAGGAGAGAAGCGGGGAAGGAGGACACAAACACGGUGGCAACCCCGAUGUUGAGCAGGAAGAUGGAGUAGACAGAGGCAGCCCUUGUCCCAGUUCAGCGCCCACAGUUCCCAGAUCGCACACGGUUAGUCCCGCCUCUUCAGUAGGUGGGUCUGGCGGUGGCGGCUUGGUGCGGAUGACCAGCUUUGCUGAGCAGAAAUUCAGGAAGCUGGAGGGAAGAAGCAGUGGAGGGACUACACCGGACAGCUCUGAUCUCAACGUACCGUACACACACUCAGCCAGGACUGUGUCCUCCCAGUUUGCCAGCCUCCCCCUGCCAAUCACGUCACCCUCACCAGUCACCCCUUCAUCUCGAGACCCCUCCCACCUCAUAGCAUCAGAGAUGAUUCAGCUGAGGAUGAAGCUUGAAGAGAAACGCAGAGCCAUCGAGGCCCAAAAGAAGAAGGUGGAAGCAGCUUUCACUCGGCAUCGCCAGAAAAUGGGCCGAACGGCUUUUCUGAACGUGGUGAAAAGAAAAGGUGUGACCGCUCCACUCAGCCCCAGCUCAGGAGGAGCAGAAACACCAUCACCCGAGCCUCGAUCCACCUUAAAGGAGGGCAGCAUGGUGGAGCGGUGCAAGCCUGACGGGGCAGCUCCUAAAUCCCCUUGUGAAGAUGGCGGCGGUGUGAGCCCAGGAGAAGGGGACCUUGCAGAGUACACGCGCUCCAUCGAAAGGCUGAACACGUCGCUGUCCUUCCUGCAGACGGAGAUGCAGCGUUUGUCCCAGCAACAGGAGAAAAUCAUGGCCAUGAGGGACCAGCAGCAACAAGCCUGGGUCAUUCCGCCUCCUGCUCCAUCUCCACACAGGCAGCUUCGCGAGUUGCAGGGCAGCAGCGUAACGGGCCGAGGAUCGGGCCGAGGGUCAGUGGGAUCCUUAUCACCAAUCUUAUCCUCUUCUGGGUCACCCCGUCCCGCCAGCCAUUCACCUGCUGGCAUCAAGCGCCGACCGGCCUCCUUUCAUGCCAGAACACCUCGAACCCCACGUCCAAAUGAUCUGAAGGUCACGCCCAUCAGCCGAAUGCUCAACACCCCCACCUCAGUGGACAGCCUGCCAAGGCUGAGGCGGUUCAACUCCACCCAAACGCAGCACAGCUCGUUCGCCUAUCUGGGUCACGAUGAAAGAGGUAGGGAAACAAACCACCAAGACAAAAAGGACAAUAAAGAGAAGACAGAGGAGACGGUGGCGAAGGAGAAUGUUGGAGCAGCCAAAGAAAAGGAGGAAAAGAGCAACAAAUCUGAGGGAGAGUCAGAAGCAUUGGAGGUUCUGAGUCAACCAGUGUCUGAGAUCAAAGGAGGUGCGAGUAGCAAGGUUCAGGAAGAUCCUCAGGACAAGAGAGACCUGCCGGAGGUGUCUUUGUCUCAGCUGAAGCCUUCAGACGAUCAGGAUCAGGAGAGCACAAGAGAGGGAGAAAAAGGAGGAGAGGAGCAAAAGAUGUGCUGCGGAUUCUUCUUUAAGGAUGAUGUGAAAGGAGAAGAAGACAUGGCAGCAAAGAAAGCAGCCUUGCUGGAGAAGAGGCUGCAGAGGGAGAAGGAGGCUCAGGAGAGGCGGCAGCAGCAGGAGCAGGACCAGGAGCAGAGGAAGGAAGCUGCACGGUUAAAAGCGGAGGAGGAGCAGCAGAAGAAGGAGGAUGAAAAGGCGAGGAGGGAAUACAUCAAGAAUGAAUAUCUGAGGAGGAAGCAGCUCAAACUGAUGGAGGAAAUGGAUGACGUCAUCAAGCCUCGAACUGGAAGCCUGAAGAAAAAGCCGAGACCCAAGUCCAUCCACAGGGAUGUCAUGGAGUGUUCUACUCCUCCUGCAAGAGCAAGAGGGGUUCGUCCUCGUGGCUUCUCUGUGUCUAGCAUGUCUAUAGCGUCACUCAAUCUGGCCGACAAUGACCGAGACCAGUCAGAUAACAGGAAGAGCAACAGAGGCAAAAAACUAGCUUCUGCUCAAUUUCCUUUUUUUUUAAGUUCUCUCAAAGAAAGAAGGGGAAGGCCAGACUCGGCUGAGGGGUUCUCCUCCUGUCCUUCGGCUGGCAGCCGCAACGAAGAGAAGGACUGGGAAAAUGAUUCCACCACUUCCUCAACUCCCUCCAACAAUGAGUACACAGGACCCAAACUAUACAAGGAGCCUAGUGCAAAAUCCAACAAGCACAUCAUCCAGAACGCCCUGGCUCACUGCUGCCUGGCUGGCAAAGUCAACGAAGGGCAGAAAAACAAGAUACUUGAUGAAAUGGAGAAAUCUCAAGCCAAUAACUUCCUGGUGUUGUUCCGGGAUGCAGGAUGCCAGUUCAGGUCUGUGUACACGUAUUGCCCCGAGACCGAGGAAAUCGCCAAGCUGGCCGGCGUCGGGCCGAAAAGCAUCAACACCAAGAUGAUCGUGGCCCUGUACAAGUACAACUCAGACAGGAAGCAGUUCAGCCAGAUCCCAGCAAAAACCAUGUCUGCAAGCGUGGAUGCCAUCACCAUCGCUAACCACCUGUGGCAAAGCAAGAAGCAGGGGACGCCCAAAAAGCACCCAAAGUAGAGCCAGAUGAUGGCGCAGCAGCUGGACAUGCUCCUCUUGGACAGACAGAGGAAAAUAUGGAUUAUACUUUUUAUAAGAGUUACCAAUCUGGAAAACUGGAAUGUUGGAUUUCAAUAUUACAGAAACAGUGCUGGCUGUGACUCUGCUUCAUUGAGGCACAAGUGUGUACUGAUCAGCAUGUGUGUCAAUGUUCCCAUGUGCCAAAAAGAGGCCGACGCCUUACCGAGCUGAACCACUGAAGCACUGAAUGCCCCACCUCUCACAGGCUGCUUGGUGUCGCUACACUGCAAAAACUCAUUUCCAAGAAAGUAAAAAGACUUGUUUUAGACAUUUUUACUUAUUUUUAAUCUAAAAAAUAAAAAAAAUUCUUAUCUGCAAAAACGUUUAACAAAAGUUUUUUUAAACAAGCAAAAUAAUCUAAUGUUAGAUUUAUUUGAUAGUUUUAAAAAUUCUAACUAAGCAACUUUUUUCCUCCAUUGGCAGAUGUUUUCACUCAAAACAAGAACAUUUGGAUCAUAUUUAACAAUAUUUAUUUAUUUAUUUAUUUCAAGUAAUGCUGUUUUUGCAGAUAAGAACAUAUUUAUUCUUUUUAAACUCAAAACAAAGAUAACUUUUCUAAAAACAAGGCUUUUUACUUUCUUGAUAAGUUUUUGCACUGUAAGUCCAUCAUGUGUAGCCUUACGCUUGUUUUGUGUCAAAUGGGUGCAGUGUCAUCUUGUCUGUGUCUGUUAAGUCUUUUUGGUGUGUGUGUGUGUGUGUGUGUGUGUGUGUGUGUGUGUGUGUGUGUGUGUGUGUGUGUGUGUGUGUGUGUGUGUGUGUGUGUGUGUGUGUGUGUGUGUGUGUGUGUGUGUGUGUGUGUGUGUGUGCGUGCAAGUACACAGGUCUGAGAUCAGAGGCAGCAGUUUAUGAUGUGAGUUUUGCGGCUAAACAAGCAUGUAUUUUAGCUUUUGUACAUGUGAAUUACAAACUUCUAAACAGGUGAAAAGUGUGUGAGUGUGUGUGCGUGUACAGUGAAGUGCCAAGCAGAGUGGGGAGCAGAACUCAGCUGGAAGUCACAAUUACUUUCUAAAAGUGUGCAAUGAUGAGGUUGUUUAGCAAACAGAGGGCCAUCAAAUGAUUCUAGAACCCGCAAUUUACUUUUAAUUUAUUCUAAUUUUGGUCAUGUUUGGAAGAUAUUUAAAAACACAUUUCUAGUUACUAGAAACAUUUUGAGUUGUUUUUAUAACUUGUCUCAAAGGCGUGUGCAGUUGUGCUGCAGAUGCAAAGAUUGUGAUUAUCAUGAGUAGAAGACUAGAUCGAAAUCUCAAAUUGUGCCAAUUUAUGCAAUUUAGGAGUAAUUUAAAUAAUCACCAAUAUUACAGCUAGGUGAGAUAUUCACACACCAAUGUGUUCACUGUCUCAGCUACUAGAUCACCUUCGAAGUAGUCCACGGUUGUAAAUAAAACCAAUAAAGCUCUCUCCUCUGUCUGAGUUUUUUGCCAUAACAUUUUUUGAGUUUUUGUCAUGCAUUCCUUGGUAUGUGUUGACACUGUACAGAUAUAUUUUGGCAUAUAGAAGUAUUUUUUGUAACGUUGGAGGGCUUAAAUCUAUCGAAGCAGUGCAGUGGUUGAAGAGAGUGUUGAAUGCAAACUGUUGCCACAAAGACGUUCGCCGCUUAAUUGUGCCGUUACAUGUGAUCAAGUACUGAGAAAUGCUUUUGUUCCUCAACUUUGAAAUAAUUUUCUUUUGGAUUAAGAAAAUAUGAUCAAAUGUUCUUUUUUUUAUCAUUUCUGUUUUAUUAAAAUGCCAGCUAACAACA